AUGUAUUCAUGUUUGUCGCUGAGGCUGUUGGUGGGCGGAGGGAUGGGGUUUGCUUCGCGGAGGAGAGCUGCUAUGGUGCUGUCGCUCUUGGUCUUUCUUCUGGUUGUGCCAUGCGGGGUCUUUUCGCAGUAUUCUUUGGAGUGCCAGAAUGUGUGGGAGGGUCCCAACGCCGAAAACGACAUUAUUGCAUGCCUGUCGAAUAAGGAUCGCCUGAAGGGGCAAUGGCGUUUGUUCAUUCUUCCCGCAUUGAACGUCAUUAUUUUGGCUAUGCUCUUGUUGAGCUUUCCUUUGUUGUUUUUGUGUGCUCUUUGUUGCCGUUGCUGCUGCACACCUGGUACUGCGGGAAGCACGAAGCGUGCCCGUUGCUGCAUGUGGCUGUGGAUUUUGUACGCUGUCAUUUGGUCCGGGGUGAUGUUUUAUCUUGUCUUUUUUGGUGCCGGGCUGUUGAUUGCGACGGCCCCUCGCCUGUUGGAAGACUUUGUCUCGGGUCCACUGGAUUACUUUAAUUCUACCGCGGAAAGAGUGCUUGACUUUGCAUCUGAUUGGUCCACGGGUGAACGCAAGCCGCUUGAUGCCAUUCCUUUGGACCUCUCGGAUUUCACAACCGUCCACGAACAGGCCAUGGGAUUUAUUGCCCUUGCAAGGAGAUAUUACUUCAACUACCUGGAUAAGGUUUCUAUUGCAACGUUCUGUGUAUCAAGUGUGGGUCUUGUUCUGAUCAUCCUCAUUCUGCCAUUUGCAUGCUGCCAUUGCUGCAUUCCAUGUUUUCCACUUAUCCUCUCGUGCCUUUACUGGGUGACAGGAGUUCUUUUUGCGGUGCUUGGAACCCUUGUGAGUGUCUUGGCAUAUGCUGCAACCGUGGGCUGUGGAGAGUUGGAGCUGCAAUACACACGUCAGCCGGGAGUUUUCCAGUGGUACGCUGUGCCUUACUGUCAGAGACAGUUCAAUUUUUCGAACAUCAACAAGAUGAUUCGCGAGAAGGAACUUGAGCUCUCCCGAGAAGCCUGUAACCAGCUGUUGGGGGUGUGCGAAUCCGUAACGCCGGAGGAGGCUGCAGCCGAACCCAUGAAAUUACUUGCGGCCGGUGUUAUUCCUAGUGCUAUUCCCGGUGUAAUUCCGGCUGCUGUUCCGGCUGCUGUUCCGGCUGCUCUUCCUGCUGGUGUUCCCGGAGGUUUUCCCGGAGGUGUUGUUCCCGGAGGUGUUGCCGGAGGUGCUGCUCCAGGAGUUGUUCCUGGUGCUGCUACUGGUGAUGGUGAUUCUGCGACUAUAGCUGCUCUUGCCGAGUCUGGCGCCCUUUCUGGAAGUGACGGUGCUCCCCUUGACAUCAGCAGUUUGGCGGGAUCGGAUGGUGUUGGGCUGGCUGGUGGGGCUUCCAGUGUUGAGAGCUUUGAGGGUUUGCCUCCCGGAAUUGAUUUAUCCUCCAUCAAAGACAUGCCGGGUGCGUCGGAGAGCAUCAAGAAGGCCUUGGAAAGCCGCAAUAUGUCUGAGGACAUCCUCCGUAUGGUUCCCGGAGAAGUGAACGCCGACUUGCUGAAAAUGUUAAGUAAUGCCACUGCGCUCUCGAAUCUCUUCGCACGUCCCUUGGUGUGCGGCAAAGGGCUCAAAAGCGCCAGUGAGUGCGGGGACUUUGGCACCAUGGCAAGUAUUCUGUUGGACACCAAGCUCCAGAAAAACAUUCCGGGCUGCGUAUCCAAAAAUGGCGACUGCACGCUUACUGAUUGUGCGGCGACCUGCACAAUAGAUUUUCUUAAGGAUGCCGCCACGAUGAUCUUGUCGAAGGGGGAAAUGGCCCGCAAUGCGAGUAAUGCGCUUUCGUACGCCAGGCCUUUGCUUGAGUGCAACUUUGUGAUUGAUAAGGUGGCCACUGGUCUGGCGAAGUGUGAUGAUUUGCGGAAAGGAACAAUUAUGCUCGGGAUGGGAUUCCUUGUGGGGGGAAUGAUAUUUGGCCUGGCCAUCUACAUUGCAUUGCGUGGAGCAUGCGUGUGGGGUGAAACGUUUCCAAAGCUCCGAAGGAAACCCAGAGAGGAGUAA